AUGUGUCCCUGUAACUGGGCAGAGGCGGCUGACAUGGUCAACAUAUUUAUCAAAGGAACCCCCUGGCUUUUGAAGAACAGUACUUUAUACAUCUGGAUCUGCACAUCCAGGCAAAGCUCUGAAAUAUCCGUUUAUUCUUUUAACCACACGGAAGUGUCUAUUUUUGGAAGAACAAGGAAACAUAUAAAUGCCUGGGCUGCAUUCAUGCUGUAG